CAAGGGUUGCAGUUGGUCUGGGGAAACAGAAGCUAGUGCAGCUGUUAUAGCGUUACUGAUGAUAGGAAACUCCGGAGGCUUUUGGCCUAGAACGCUGGAAUGCCGAGACUAAUAAUAGGAGAUCUUGACCCAGAAAUGUCAGAGGGGUUCCUUUUCAAUGCUUUACGGUCAAGGGGUGAGAACGUUGUAAAUGUUACAAUACAUCGCAAUUCAUUUACAGGAAUGCCGUCUGGUUACGGUUAUAUUGAAUUUCCUGACUGGUCAUCUACGGACAGGUGUUACGAAAGGCUGAAUGGAAAAGUCUUUGCACUUGCUGGACCAGGGAAGAGAUUUGAACUACAAUAUGAACCUGGACCACACAGUUAUCGCACUAGUGAAGUUCAAGAAGCUGCUGAAUUCACAGAGGCCUUUGUUUUUUAUACUCAGACAUUUAGUAAUUUUUUUACCUCUAUGCUGGUUAACUCUGCCCCUGCUAAUCUCCCGUUGCAACAGAAUAGUGUCCCAAAUCAGAUGUAUAAAAGAAGAGGUAUUAAUGCAGAGAGAGAAGAGCCCAGACCCUCUUCGGAUUCUGUGCCAUCAUCUUCCCAUGUGUCAAGACCUUCUGAUGUCUCUAUUUGUUCACCGUCUGUUACUUCUGCACGUGUGAUGCCCUCUUUAGGUGCUACAGAAACCUCUUCAUGUGAGUCUAGACCUGUUCCCUCUGAUGUCUCUAUUUCUUCACUGUCUGAUACCUCUGUAUGUGUAGGACCCUCGGAUUCUGCAGCUCCAUCUUCCUGUGCAGUGCCUUCUGAUGAGUCUGUUUCUUCAGAAUCACCUGAGCAGAGUGACGUUAGUCCAUCACAUUCCUUCAGUACUCCACUGCCUGAUGCUUCUGUAUGUGUGAACAAUUCAGCGCCCUCCUCCAGUGGGUCCAAACCUCCACUACCUGAUAACUCUGCAUGUGUAAGAACCUCUACAAUUCCCUCUUCCAGUGGUUUUGAUUGUAGCAGCAAGUCUACUGCCAUCCCAGGAGUGGGAUCUUUUGAUGGUUUUGACUACACUACCAAGUCAAAAUGCUUCUCGGGCUUGGAAGAUUCUGAGGGUUUGGAAUGCACCACCAUAUCUUCUACUAUCCCGGACUUUGGAGAUUUUGAGGAUCCUAUGACCACGCUGGAUGUAAAUGAAGCCAAUAGACAGUUCAUACAAUAUAGUGAAGAUGUGUACAACGCACUUAUGGACUGUCAUUGGCAGCCUUUAGACUCUGUUACUUCUAGUAUACCCUCAUAAAGAUCAAUUCUGCAGCCGUCAUAAAUUGAACUGUGCCACGAACAGGCACUGCACCUUGGUUUGAUGACUUUGUAGUUUCAUACAUUAAUAAAUCCAGAGGAAGCAUUAUUUUGUAUCAUCAAUGGAUGGUGUCAAUUCAAAAUAACAUUGUGCUCUUCUCUUGUGUUCAUAAUUAAAGUUGUAAAUUAAAAUAUAUAAAUUGUUAAAUUUGCUGUUUAUUACAAAUACUGUAUUGUAUAUUGUAUUGAAACUGGCAUGAACAUUAUGUUUACGUUUUCAUUUUUAUAUGGUAAACUCUAAGUGAAUGUUUUUUUAAUAGCUCUGUGUUAUGUACUGGUUUUUUUAGGCAUAAUUGUGUUAUAAAUGUAUAAUUGUUUCAGCA